AUGUGCGGAGGAGUCCACGAACGAUGGUCCCGAUAUCACUCUCGCAAUGCUUUGGUGCUCCAUGGAGGUGAAGGUAUAACCUCACCUGGUGCUGAAGAUGGUGAUCCUGGCCAGUUUCAAGCUGGUCAGUAUCGAGGGCAACAAGGAGACCGCAGACCCACUGGUGGCCGAUCCUCCUGUGGAAAUUAUAGAAGCCGAGUGCAUUUUAUCAAUCCAGCAGAUCUUAAUGGUGAAGGUAUAACCUCACCUGGUGCUGAAGAUGGUGAUCCUGGCCAGUUUCAAGCUGGUCAGUAUCGAGGGCAACAAGGAGACCGCAGACCCACUGGUGGCCGAUCCUCCUGUGGAAAUUAUAGAAGCCGAGUGCAUUUUAUCAAUCCAGCAGAUCUUAAUGCUCAGAGGCAUGAAGAAGAAAUUAUGGCUGAAUUAGACCCUGAUGCCGUGUUUCGCGAACGCAAGAUAGAAGGCCAUGGAGAUUCCUUCACAAUAUCUGUUGCAACCACUAAUCAAAGCACUGCCGGAAAAUUUGUGCGAGUUGGGUCAGGUCGCAAGGGAAAAUCUCCAUCAUAUGUAGGCCACAAUGAGCAGAAGUAUGAAGAGAACACUGGUCAUGGUGGGGAUAAGACACAUCAGAGGGGCUGGAAUCGUGGAAAUAGAAAUCCCAGAGGACGGGGCCGUGGACGAGGUCAGGGACAUGGCAGUUAUACUGGCAAGGAUGUAAGACCUGUUUCAUUGUAA